UUUUUGGGUUGUUGGAAAAGGUCCUGCCAAAUCUAGUCCAACUUUUGCAAAUAAAGUGUUUGAUGGGACCAUGUGCAUUUCAGCCCUGUAGGGUGGAUUGGGUGAAUGUCUUAGCUGGCAAGUUAUACAGUUGCGUGUCCAUCUUAAUAUGUCAGAGUGCAUUCGUGGCCAGUAGUACUUUCUAGAUUUUUUGAGUGUUUUCUUUAAAUCCAUGUGCCCCCCUCCAAGUUGGGAUGAGUGAAAAGAGUCAAAGAUGAGUGCCCUAAGGGAGGCUGGUAUAAAGAGACGCGGUUUUAAACCCUGAGUUCUUUGAUAAAGUAUUCCAUUGGACAAUUCAAGGUUUGCUGCUACUAUUGUGAAAUUUUCUUGUUCUAGUGGAGGAAUUUCCUUUGGGAUUUCCCCGGAUGUGAGAAAUUGAAUAAAUGUUGAUGAUUCGAGAUCGUCUGCUUGUUCAGAUUUAAUAUCAAUCGCAUAUCUUUGACCAUCCUGUCGUUUCAGUGUUACCCUUGGAAUGUGGUCUUCUAUGUUAAGGAUUUCUUUUUCUUGUAGGUUAAGGCAUACUGGGAAUUCUGCAAUGUCUUGGAGUUCUUCGCUGUUUUCAUUAUCUUUGCCUGCGAGUGCGGGAUUUCUUGAGAGUGCGUCAGCUAGUAAGUUUUCUUUUCCAGAUACAUGUACGAUUUUAAUAUUAUAAUUUUGAAGUUCGAUAAGCCACCUAGCUAAAUUCGGAUGCGCUUCAGCUUUUUCCAUAAGGUAUGCUAGUGGUUUGUGGUC